AUGUCGAUCGAGACGCCUGCCAAGCGCCAACGCACCGGCGCUGCAUCCUCCAGUCUACCCAGAAAGCCGUCACGCACCCAACUAUCUCGAGAACAGCGAGAGUCAAUCCGCCAUGCAAAGUACCUCGAGAAUGGAAUCAGCGUCCUUGAACAGCUGGGGAGCAUGCGGAAGGGAAACGCCGAGCAAUAUCAGAUCGCCUGGUCGCCGCACAACGUUCUUGCGACUGCUUCCAACACAAGGCGAGCCUCUUCGGAAUCUGCUGGUGGUCACGUAGUCGUCCAAUACCCUCUAGCAUCUACCUCCAAGCUGUCGUUGAAACCAAGCUGUCUGUACCCUGAUCAGCCAAGCUUCAUUCCCAGCCCAGCUGGAUCCUCGCAACUACGAAAUGGUUCAGCAGCUGCGACGACCGCCAUCACCCAAACUCAGCCUAUACGCUAUGACGACCCCAGACACAUUUCUUUCAGUCCUUGCGGCUACUACCUUUGCGCUCUAUUCCCAGCGAUACCAGUGGAAACACUUCAGCAAGACCCAUCCAUUGCCUCAUCUGAAGGCGCAGCGCUCCUUCCCAACGGCCUUGCUCCGGGGACGGGUCCUAUCAGUGCACCCGCGAUGAACGCCAAUGUCAAUAUCGCCUCUUCGCACCCAGCAACAACCUUAUCGCAGAAUGGAGAUACUUCUUCUGCUUCUGCUGCUACUGCUGCCGCUGCCAAGACCUCGGAUUUUCCAUUAAGUCGACCACUUUCCCAACUUUGCUUCUGGUCGCGCGCAGAGACCGGCGCGCUCAACGACUGGAAGCUAAUCCAAAGUUUUCAAGUCGAUGCCACCUACACCAGAAGCCAGUCUUUGGCAACGGCAAAAGCAGACAACGUGCUCAAAGUGAAUGACAAGGGGCAGCCGAUCGUGGCUGAUGGCAGUAGAGCGUCACCAUCCAGCGGCGAACCUGUCAAGGACAACAGCACGCUGCGAGGUGGCGUGAAGCAACUUGUCUGGCUCAAUCGACGUCGCAAUAUCGUCCUGAGCUCCCCGUCGUCCUCUUCAAGCCACUACGGUGCCAACGUUUUCAGUCGCCUCGCUGCACGUGGUCCUAGAAUUCUGCCCACUGCAUCCGCAUCCAUGGAAGACUCAGGACCGGAUCAGGAUGUGGCACUUGUGGUGUUUGGCAGACAAGCCUUCGCCCAUUACGCUCGAUUCCACCCACGGUCUCGGCGAGCAUCCUAG